AUGGCGACCAAUAUGCGUGGUCUCACGCAGUUCAUCGCGGACAUUCGAGGCGCGAGAGUCCGCGAUUUGGAGGAGAAGAGGAUAAACAAGGAGAUGGCGAACAUUCGAAAGAAGUUCAAAGACGGCAACCUUGACGGAUAUCAGAAGAAGAAAUAUGUGGCGAAGGUUCUCUACGCGUAUAUCCUUGGUUAUAAGGUCGAUGUUGGGCAUAUGGAGGCAGUCAACUUGAUUUCGAGCCACAAGUAUAGCGAGAAGCAGAUAGGCUAUCUUGCCGUAACACUACUCAUGCACGAGAACUCGGACUUCCUACGACUGGUCAUCAACUCUAUACGCAAGGACCUGGACGAGAACAAUGAAAUCAACAACUGCUUAGCUCUUCACGCCAUCGCGAACGUGGGAGGGCAGGAGAUGGCAGAGGCUUUGGCAGAGGACGUUCAUCGGCUCCUUAUAUCACCAACAUCACAAAGUAUGGUCAAGAAGAAGGCCGCAUUGACACUAUUGAGGUUGUAUCGGAAACAUCCUGAUGUUAUCCCAGCUCCCGAGUGGGCGCUCCGAAUAGUAUCCAUAAUGGAUGAUCCCGACCUUGGCGUGGUACUGUGUGUCGCGACUCUGGUCCUGACUCUUGCUCAGGAUCAUCUCGAUGCUUAUGCUGUGUGCUACCUGAAAGCAGUCGAUCGUCUAAACCGACUCGUAGUCGAGAACGAAUACCUGGCUUCGUAUUCGUACUACAAGGUCCCUUCGCCAUGGCUUCAAGUCAAACUCCUACGAUUACUACAGUAUUAUCCUCCUUCAGAGGAUCCUGCUAUUCGCACAACACUGCAUCAGGUUCUAGAAACAAUUAUGAACGCCAGCGCAGAAACGUCGAGAAAUAUGCAACAUAAUAACGCCCAACGCGCCGUGCUAUUCGAAGCUAUCGGUCUGGCCAUUCACUUAGACCCAGGCUCACCUCUCGUCCAUACUGCCGCUGUACUGUUGGCUCGCUUUAUUUCCUCCAAGGAGACAAAUGUACGCUACCUCGGUCUUGACACUCUGGCCCAUCUCGCGGCUCGUGCAGAGACCUUGGACGCUAUCAAGAAGCACCAGGCCACGGUGACGAACUCGCUUCGGGAUCGGGAUAUCUCUGUAAGGAGACGUGCUCUGGACCUUCUCUAUAGCAUGUGCGACGUCGACAACUCGGAAGUCAUCGUCGGCGAGCUGCUCCAGUACUUGAAGAUUGCCGACUAUGGGCUACGAGAAGAAAUGGUUCUGAAGAUUGCUAUCCUGACUGAGAAGUACGCAAGCUCGUACCGGUGGUACGUUGACACAAUAUUGGAACUCCUCAGUGCGGCCGGAGACCAUGUCAGCGAUGAGGUUUGGUACCGUGUCGUCCAAAUCGUGACCAACACCGAGGACUUGCAAGCCUAUGCCGCUAGAGUCGUAUUUGAGCGCUUAAGGUCACCGGUUGCGCACGAGAGUCUGGUAAAGGUUGGCGGAUACAUCCUAGGCGAGUACGGCCACCUCAUCGCGAACGAGACCGGCUACAGCCCCAUCGACCAGCUGCAGAUUCUCCAUGCGAAGUCACAAUUCUGUGCCGCGCCGACUCGAGCUCUCCUACUUUCGACGUACAUCAAAUGGGUGAACGUCUUCCCCGAGAUCAAACCCCAACUGAUCAACAUCUUCGAGCGGUAUCGCCACGUCCUCGAUUCCGAGCUCCAGCAACGAGCUUGCGAGUUCUACGCACUAGCCUCAAGACCGGAUGACGACGAACUUUUGCAGAAUGUGUGUGAGGAGAUUCCGCCAUUCCCGCCACGCGAGAGUACACUGUUAGGUCGGUUGAACAAGAAGCAUGGUGCUACGGAGGAUAAGAGGACAUGGGUGCACGGAGGCAGAGAGGUGAAUGCGGAUAGGGAGGCAACGACUUCGAAACUCAAGGUUCAUGGCAAUGGUUCGGCUACAGCUGCGGCUUCAGGAGCCGCCGAGGGUGAUAUCAUGUCUUCACUCGCGGGCCUUGAUAUCUCUGGGACAUCCAAUGGCGUUGCCGUGAACGGAGCUGGAGAAGUCGAGUCGAACGGUAUUCCGAAAGCCACUGUUCCUCAUGUUGCCGUUGGGCCGAGCGUGGACCGUUGGUUCGAGAAGCUCACGUACAACGGCGAUGGUGUACUCUACGAGGAUGUUCAAAUCCAGGUCGGUAUCAAAUCGAGAUACCAGGGAUAUAUCGGUCAGCUCGCCGUUUACAUGGGCAACAAGAUCUCCGCUCCCUUCACCUCCUUCACCACCAGCAUCCACGUCGACGAUCCAGAAGCCCUCUCCGUCACGUUCGCCAAGAUGCCCUCCACAAUGGUUGCCGCACGGACACAGUCACAACAAAUUCUGCACGUCGAAUGCAAAAAGGUGUUUAAAACUGCUCCAAUCCUCACCAUCUCGUUCCUCGCUGGUGCACACCAAACCAUCGCCGUCCGACUACCGGUCGUGAUGACCAAAUUUAUGGAGCCCGUCAGUCUUGCCGCCGCCGACUUCUUCGAGCGGUGGAAACUCAUCGGAGGCCCACCGCGAGAGGCACAGAGCGUCUUCACCAUUCCGCUUACCGCCGCGGGCCAGCUCGACCUUGAGCGGUACCAGAUGGUCAUCGCCGGUCAACGGUUCAAGAUCCUACCUGACGUCGAUCCGAAUCCCAACAACUUCGUGUGCGCCGGCGUGUUGCAUAUGUCUGGGGAUGGCAAGGUUGGGUGUCUGAUGCGACUUGAACCAAAUAAGGAAGCAAAGCUCUGUCGAAUAACUGUACGGAGCACGUCGGAAGAAGUGGCGGGCGAAGUCCAAAAGUUGCUUCAAAAGCCGCUCGGCACCGCCGCCGCCUCAUUAUCAUGA